UCAAAUCCAUGUCCCUGGUGCAAGGUGGGCGUGUCCCACGGCCAAAAAGUGACACAAUCAGCCUGUCCUUGUAUAUCCUAGCAUUUAUAUUGGGCUGUAUAUCUUAUUGCGUAACUUUAUCCAUGGAUUGUAUUUGACCGUAAAAAUCUAACAAAGUUUUAACAAAGAAUUACAAGGCUGAUGUAAUUAUUAUUGUAUUAAUCCCGUCACGCCAAGCAGUUCCAAGGUUUAAAAUUCCAGCAGUGAGAAUUCGCGUGUCGGCCCCGUAAGGUGGCCCGGUAUAAUCGCUCGGUGUCGUUAUUCACCUGUAGCUAUUUUUACACAGGUAAGAGGGAAUCUUGGAAUGCUGUUUAUCUACCUUGGCAAAUCAAUAUUUACACCGUAGAAACACUCGGAAUGCCAGCUAUUCAGGCGACCGCUUCGGACUGACAGCGAGGACCCAGUGUGUCCGCGUACUUUCUGUUUCGGCCCGUCCCACGACUGAGUCUGGUGUGGCCGUGUGAAGUGAUCACUCAUGGAUGACCGCGCUUCACAUUCCAGUGACAGUUGUUUUGAAUGCUUAAUCUGAAUGCGGGACAGGCAUCGCUCACCAUUGUGACAGACUGCAGGCCUUAUCCCAAACACUUCUCAGAUCAUUCAAUUCAAAUAUUUAUUUCUUAAGAGAACCCCGUAUUUUAUCCACAUCAAAAUUGAUGCCAUGCGACUGUGAUAUUUUAUUGCUCUGGAUUUUUAAUGUGAAGGAAUUCCUGGAAUGAAUUCGGUAGGAGUGGUGCUGUUACUGCUGGGGUGCCUGGCCCUGGGGGUCAGGGGUCAGCAGCCCUGUCCGGACCAGACCGACCCCGCAGUCAUCGUCGUGGCCACAAUCUUUGCUACACUGGCUGUCGUCUUCAUCGUCGCUGGAGUCAUCUUCUUCUUAAUCUGGAGACGACGGAAAGAUCUGAAGUCAAACAAGAGCCCCGUCACCCACGAUGAGAGGAAGCAGGGUGUGGCCAAUCCCGCCUUUAUUGACGGGGAGGGAGACCCGGGCCUGGUGGAGCAAGGUGUUGGGGGGUACAUACAGUGUAGAGAGUACACGCAUUCUCCCAAUCACCAGAACAAGACCCCCACGGAGAACAGAUCCUCGUCCCCAAAAAAGUCCUGGUCUCCCAUCUCAAAGUCUGACCUCCCUCCGAAACCGGGGUCACACGGGUCAUUGGACGACCUCUGUAUGGACCCUGAAAUCACCAGUACAUGGCUCCACAGUCAAGACUUCAUAGGACUGGGCUUCAACAUCGCCGGAAGUAUGAGGGACGGGAUAUUUGUCAGCCAGGUCCACAACCGUGGUCCUGCGGUGGAGUCCGGAAAAGUCCACGUCGGGGACCGCAUUCUAAGUGUGACUGUAUCCUUUGAGAACAUGGUAUAUGAGGACGCCCUUACCAUUCUCAGCUACGCCUCCCCGUACCCGGUCAAAAUCACGCUCCAAAAAGAGCGCCCGUCCAAGGCGCGUGAGAGGCGAGGAGGGCAUCAGAAGGUCAUCCUGAGCCACCCCCUGUACCGCAGUCAGUCCAUGGACACACUGCUCAAGAUCAACCGAGAGCCGGUCUACACACCCAAAAGAAGCAUGAGUGAAAUGCGGCAGUCAAAGGAGGCUCGACCCAGCGUCCAACAAUCCCUCCGCGUGGAUGUAGACACAGAAGGUAAAAGUAGUUCCAAUAGUUCGCCGGAAAUCCACAUCACAGCCGAUGUGGAGCAGGGCGCCAGUCCGGUGGAGAAGCAGCCGCUGACCCGCCUGGUUCCUCCACCCAUUGGAGCGGAUGAUGACGAUGAUACCCCACCCCCGCAACCAUCCAUCCCUCCCCCACCCCUCGAGUUCAAUGACAGUGUAGAUGGUACGGUGUCCUCGCCCAGUUCUGCGACUGAAAGGAUGCAGUUUUCAUCUGUGUUUGAUAAUCUGAAUGAACAAGACAAAUUAGACAUGAUACGUUUAUCCUAUGAAGACCCGGAAACUAAGCUUAAUCCUGAGCUAGAUUCCAGUGUAACGGAAGGCAAGGAGGCAGCAUUAGCAGACGUGUCCUUCAAGUCCGACAGCACGGUCACUGAGGCGGAACCGAAAUCACCCAGUCCCAUCAAACCGGAACGAAAGAAAAAGAAAUCCUCCAGUGAAUCUUCCAGUCUGUCUUCCUUUGAGGAAUCAGGCGAUGGUCAGAUGUCUCCAAGAGACACCAUGCCGGAUAUAGUGGAGGACCAUAUAUCUGUGUCAAUGUCAAAGACGAACAAUGCAGCACCGAGUCAAAGUGACUCCGAAGUGUUCGAGGACCUCAUCAGUCCUCAGAAAUCAGACAGAAAUAUACACAUAUCAUCGGACAAAAUUCAGUUAUCGUCCCUGGAUAUUACAUCCAACAGUGUGGAUGAUUCAAUGGAGUCUCCGAGGGAGGCUAGUAGGACAUUAGUGGAUUACAGCUUGUCUGACAUGGAGGGGACAUUCAGGCCCCAGACCCCGGAGGACACACCCUCUGUAGACGAGGACGUCAUCACUCCUGUACAUCUGAAAAAAGGCGAGCUAGAAUCCUCCAUUCUACGCUACUUCAAUGACUCUGGGAACACUUCAACAUCCACCGUGGAGCACCAUCAGUCGCAGCAGGGGGAUUCCCCAAACACCACCGUCACAAGUGUGGAGUUCAAUCUGAACAUGAACAACAAUAACGAUUUAUUCUCAACUCCCUACCCAAAACGGAACACCAAAGAAGGACAAAGCGGAAUGUCGUACGACAUAUCCAUGAUGGAGCUCAAUGACAUAGAGAAAAAGUUAAAACAGAAUUCUAGGGGGGCUGUGAAACAGGGUGUGGCGUUCGAGGUUCGUGAUGACGUUUUAUCGGGUAAUACGGUGCUGUCUCGGCUCUCGGAGGAUUCCGAGGGGGGUAAUGUGGCCAGGACUAAAUCUUGUGAAGACAACCUGGCAAAGAAAGCUAUGUCGGACAGCUCCCUGAGUUGGUCCGGGAAGCGACUAGUCCGCGCCGGGUCGUUCUCGGAACUUCCGCAAGACGAUUCCAGCGACUGGAUGGACCAUAAUUCUAUAGACAAUGACGAAAGCAUCAUUUCUCAGGAGGAAGACAAAGAAACGUUCAACUCAUCAGAGGAAAGCCUCAAUAGCAAUAACAAAAACGGACUGCUGAAGAAAGCCAGGAUGUUCGGUGCUCGAGAAAACCUCGCCAAUCUGUCUUCAGACAAUUCAGGGUCCCAACAAUCGAUACCCGACUCCUGGAGUGGGGAGUCCGGCACUCCACCCCCCUACCUCAGUAAACACAGCGACCAGAACGGGGGAAACUCCUCGCGCGAGUCCACUCCGGUCAAAACCCCCACAAACAUAUCUACCUCUAACCUAUCACGUGAUCCUACGUCAUCCACCCCCGAGGGAAAGGGACCGUUCUCUCUUUCAGGGGACAUAACUGUGGGCGAUGAAGAGGACUGUUAACUUAAUUAAGUGUUCCUAAUAUUCAUAUCAUGUUUAAAAGUUUAGAUAGCUGCAGUUUUAGCGUUUCUUUUAUUUAUUCAAAUUCAACAUAUCUGGAAAAACUGCGACUUUAUGAAUUGAAUAGCAAAUGUUUUAAGUUUUACCGUGACUUUUUAAAUAGAUUGAUUUUUGUAAUUUUUAAUAAACAUAUCUUAUCGUUGUUACAAGCAUUUUGAAUAUUUUACACACUAAUUUUUAUAUUUCACAGUGAAUUAUCGCAUAUGUUUGGGUAUUCCCCUCUGACUCUGUGUAUUGCAGUUGUUUCCAGCAAAGGUGCUUUUUAAGAUCAAAACAGUUAUCGCCCCUUUAUUACGCCAGUAGUUUAUGAUCAAUAUAUUUUUUAUAUUCAUGUUUAUCUUUUUAAGUUUUAAAUAACGAUUCAUAUACUUAUGCACUGUUUGAUUAUGUAUAAAUUGAAUAAUUUUAUAGAUAUAUUUUAAUAACACACAGUACAUGUUUGUAUUUCGUCGUCCAAUAUAUGAAAUUAUCAUCCAUCUAUAUCCCUGUAACUAUUUAUUGUAAAUAAAAGUAGAAAGAGAUUACCGAAAAUGAGUUAAUGACAAAGUCACUGUGUAUCUUUAGCGAAUGAGUAUCAAGUGCUGCUCUAUGUAUGUAAUACAUAACACACAUCUGUCAUGCACGUGAAGUACACGUGUAAAAUACACGGUACUCGCGUGUAAAUAAUAAAAAAAGGCUUGGUUUCGGGAAGUGUUCAAUUGUUUAUAUAAUCUUGUACAUAUGUAAUUAUUAAUAUUCAUUUGUUUUUAUUAUACAUGUUUUAUAUAUCUAUUAUUAUUAAUAAAUAUACUCAAGUUCCAAUACAUUUAA